AUGAAACCAAACAAUUUCUUUAGAUUUUAUCCAUAUAUUAGCAAACAACAAGGUUUAAUAACAUCUUCACCACAAUGUUUUAAGCCAUCUUUUACUCAAUCCAAUACAAGAUUAAUGGAGAGAAUUCCAGAUUUUGAAAUUGGAUCUACAAGAACUAUGAUCCGAGUGACACCAUCGGAUUUGGAGAUUCUUUCAUCUGUCAAGGAGAUGCAAUUGGACAAGACGCAUAAAAAGCAUACUAGUGGGUUUGUAGACAGCAAGAUAUCAUCGUUGCUAGCACAAAAGGGUCUUCCUCUCAAAGGUCAACAAGCUCCCAAUAUCAUUAGAGUGCGAGAGAAUGAUACCGUAUUAACCGCCAUCAAACAGAUGCAUACCAACAAGGUCGGUGCUGUCAUUGUUGUAGAUUCACAAAACAAGAUGACCGGUAUCUUUAGUGAACGAGAUUACCUAAACUCGUUGGCAGUACGUGACCUCAAGUCAAAGGAUACCUAUGUCAAAGAUGUCAUGACCACACCAGUUGUCACUGUUAGAUUGGACACGUCGACUGCAAAGUGCAUGAAGAUUAUGUCACAACGUAGAUUCCGUCAUCUUCCCGUGAUCGAUGGUGAUAAGUUGGUUGGUAUCGUUUCAAUCGGUGAUAUUGUCAAACAUAUCAUCUCUGACCAACGUACUGAAAUCACUCAUCUACGUCAAGUUCUAUCUGGUCAUGUAGAUGAUAUGGAUCAAGGUCUUUAA